GCUGAGCGGAAAGUCUUUCCGGGAGAGCGGCCAUAAAGCUAUGAAAAAUGCAGAUGUGGAGGUGACAAGUCUGCGCAACCGAUGAGGGCCGCUGCCGUCGCUCUCCACUUGCAGCGGCGGGCUCCCUGCUUCCCGGUCGAUUUCCAUUUAAACAGCCAGCUGUUUUGCAAGAGAGGCUGCUGGCUGCUAUUGCUGCCGGCUGGUCCUGCGGCAGAAGAAUUUAUUCUUUGCAGAUUAGCUCAUCAGCCUUCGCCCUUCAACUGGAAAGCCUGCAGAGAAGUGGAGCUCAGAACUCAAUUGAUUUAUCAAAGCAUCCCCCUUUCUGAGCUUAUUUUCAACAAUCAUAAAAUUGCUCCUAGGCCAAGCAAUGAAGUGGUAAGGAGGAAAGAAUACUGGCAAUCGAUUUAGCUCUGCACCUUGGAGAUUUCCACUAGAGAGCUAUCUAUUUGAUUUGAUUUUUUUAAUGACCUUCUUCUUCCAUUUAAUGCAGAUCAGACAGGACAGGAACAAUUGGUAGCAUUUCUUGCUAAAUUACAAAAAUGUUCAGCUGGCUGGGUAAUGAAGACGGGCGAAGGAAGGACCCGGAGGUGUAUCAGACUGUGAGUGGAGGUCUUAAAAAACUGUACAAAACCAAGCUUCUCCCUCUGGAAGAAUACUACAAAUUCCACGCCUUUCAUUCACCUGCCUUGGAAGAUGCGGACUUUGACAACAAACCUAUGGUCCUUCUUGUUGGGCAGUAUUCCACCGGGAAGACCACCUUCAUAAGGUAAAACAUGGCAGCUCUUUACCUUCCAGGUGUACACUAGGGUGUAUUGUUAGAAGUGCAUGCAUGCAUGAAAUAUCCCUAUGUUCAUCUUUCAGGAUAAAUAUUUAGCUGCUAAUUGUGUUCUUUGUUUCUGGCUUGUGACUUUGAAGGUUGUUAUUCUUCCGGCUUGUGGUUUGAUCAGACUCCAAAAACACUGGUUCAAAGGAAAAUCUCACAUGUCAGCUUCCAGGCAACAAAUCAUUAUGAUUUGUUUGUAGGGAGGUUAGAGGGUGCUGGGUUUAAGUAAUGGUUAUCCCACGCUUUUCCUAUGCCUUUUCCCAUCACUUUCCUUAUUGCAAACAGUCCAGGGUUUUUUUUUGGGGGGGGGAGCAGGUUUGCUGUGCAAGACCUGCCAACCAACUAUAAUUGCACUACCUGAAUUUGCAGGUGUGUGACUGAAUCUAGCCCGGAAAUAGCAGCAGUCUGGAAGUCCCUCCAGCAGCUCUGUAAAUAGUAGUCUGGUGAAAUGUAGAAGACCUCUAUGCAAACAUGAAUGAAUUAAUCCAUGCAAGAAUGAAAGGCUAUUCAAAUGAUCAUAUCACCACUGGAAAACAAGUUGUGCUAAUUCUGUUUUUGACAGAAACUCACUGUUGUACAUUUGUUACCUUUUGCAUAUAACUGGGGGGAAAGGUUCAGAAAAGAGCAACACCUUGAUGAUCAAGGUGAUGGAGGAAAAGGUUGCAGCAUUUGGGACUUUUUAGUCUAGGGGAAAGGUGAGGAAGAGGUGAGAUGAUCCAAACGGGCACUUCUUUUGCUCUUCCAUGUCAUUGCUUCAGACCCACCCAUUCCUUCCUAUUCUGUAGUGAGGUUGUGCUGUCUCUGGAGCUUAGUUAGCAGCAGUCUUCCUUGUUAUCAAUGUAGCCUAUUCUGAUGUGAAACUGUUUUACCUGGGGGGUAAGUACCAAAAUGGAUUGUACAUGGUUGAUCUUUCAUCACUGUCUUCUGCUUUUAUUCCAAACGGAAUAGCAGGCACAUAAUGGUCUCCUUUAAAGUCCUUCAGAAUGUUAAGCAGGCCUUUAGAGAUGCAAUUAAAAGAUGCAUGAUAUAAAAUCAUAGAAGUUUAGAGUUGGAAGGGACCCUGAGGAUCAUCUUUCUAGCCUAAUCCCCUGCAGUGAACCAGCAACCUUGGCAUGAUCAGCACCACGCUCUAACCAACUGAGCUAUCCAGUCCCAGAUUAAAUUUGGACCCAACAGAUUAAAAACCUUUAGUGGCUAUCCGUGAAACCAUAAUGCUUUAAGCUGCAUCUAAAGACAAUUGGCUGAAGAGCCUCAGUGUAGUCUUCAGCCUUCCUCCCGACAUCUUGAGCUAUCUGCUUUAGAUCAAGGCGAAGGGUCAAACAAAACUGUCAGCGUCACGACCGGUGGAUGAGGUUGCAGAGGCAUGGCCGGGAAAGCUGGUUUUUGGUAUUCUUAGACAGGUUUGGAAACUGAAAAGGAAAAAGAGGCCUGCUGUGCUUAAGGUCAAUGGAGUAUAUCUGUCUGGUUCCAGGGGAAUCCAACUGCGUUUUCUUUGCAGAUCCAAGAGAUGGUCUCUUUUGCCAGCUCUCCCUUAAAAUCCUUCCUGCUGUGUACUCAUUUUCUCACCCCAGGCUGUCUUCUCUGAGUUCAAAAGUGUGCAAACUGCCUGCUGGAGCUGAACUCUCCAGUUGCACCUUCCUUUGAAAUUUAAGCGCAUUACUAUCUGCUAAUGAGCAUGAUCCAAACUGUAGUUAAACGCAGUAGCCUUUAUAUAUUGUUUGCAGGGGAAUGAGAAGGCGAGAAGGGACAGUAGAGUCACAGUGCUCUGUAUAUUGUCAUCCCUGCUUACUCGGCUAGAAGUGAUUACCAAAGAGAAGAAGAAGAAGAAGAAGAUAGCUUUGGUUUGAGUCCACUAACCUCGUUCAUAACAAAUUUCCUUUUUAUUUAUUUAGCAAGAUUUCUAUACCACUUAAUCAAAACAGAAAUUGCAAGUGGCUUACAUAAAAAUUGUAUUAACUAUUCCAUUGAAAAUAACCAUAAAGUAGACUUUUAAAAUACUGGGUUGUAUCCAAAGAAAGUUAUCCUAUUAACACAAGGAUUUCUUCCUGUGUGAUUAGACUUCUUCUCCCCGCAUGUUCCCUGAGUCUGUUUUGAGGGUUCCCCUAACUCUCCAGAACACUUUUUGGGGGGGGAGGUGCAUGGGGGGAGAGGAAAUGUCCUAUUGCGCAGGUGGAAAUCCCUGCACUAAUGGGCCAAUUUUGCUGGAUACAAUCCUUCAGACAUCAUAAAAUUAUCCAAGUAUAGAUGAAAUCAAUAGGUUUUAAAAACAAAUGCACCUAAUGAAAUUGCAUGCCUGGGUAAGCUCGCUUAAGCAGAAAAGGGUUUUAGCAGAUGUCAAAAGCAGUACAACCAAGGCACCUGCCUAAUAUCAAUGUUAUUAAUAAAAUAAACACAAACUGACUACUGCAGUGCUGGCUGCCCAUGUGGGCUGUGUUAAAAACCCUUCUCCUUUUAUUUGCAGCUUAACCACUCUUUCCACCUUGGAGGUGAUGUGCUCUUCUUCCUUGGAGAUUUUAAAGCUGAAAUUGAUGUCCAUCUGUUAUGUAUGAUUUAGUUGAAACUCUUGCUCUACAAUUCUAUGGCUCAAUAUAACCCACAAGUUUUGUUUUGUUUUCAUUGUGCCAUUCCUUUCACUGGGCAUAUCUACCCUAGAAUUGUAGACUUGGAAAGGAUUGCCCAACCCUCUGCAAUACUGAAAAUGGUAUGAAACUUUAAAUAGCACAAAACCAAUAUGGCUGUCAUGGUUUCAUUCAAAGUAUCCUGGGAGUUGGAGUUUAGAGAACGUGCUGCAAACGUGCUGUUAGAGAUAUCUAGACACACACACACCUCUGUCACUGAACUACAGGUCUCAGUAGAGAAGAAAUGACCACAAAAACCAGCUCAGGUUCUGGCCUGUGAAGUAUCUAUAGAAAUAAAAAUUGUGAACAGAGCAGGCCAAAUUAAACCAACAAGUUCACGCAGGGCUGUCCAGAGUACUGCCUGGUCAGGUGUUAAUGGGUGCGUUUUCCUUGUUAAGACUGAAGGCUGUGGUCAAGGUUCUUGGAUGGAUGCAGGCAUUGUGUGUUCUCAACCCUUGGCCCUCAUGGCUGAUAACAUCUGGCAGGGAGGUAAUUAAUCUCUCUGAGAGAAGUGUCCCAGGCUGUGCUAUUUUUCUUGAUAUUUUUUUCACCAUGAACACCUCCCUUGUUCUCUUAGAAUGGUGAUGGUGCCCACCUGAGAGGUGCUGGAACUGAGUUCUGUCGAGUUCUGUCUGAAAAAAGCCCUGGUCCCAGGCCACCUGAAAGCUACAGCAGUGAUACUACUCCUUAAGAAAUCCUCUUUAGACCCAGAACUAUAGGUUCUGCUUGUUCCCCUUCCUGAACAUUGCCCUUGAGUGGGUGGAUCAACUCCAGACAGCCUUGAACAAGAUGGAUAUUUUAGGUCUAUAUCAACCAGUAGUACCAGGGUUCAUGCUGGUUUUGACACAAAAACUGCCUUGGUUGCCCCCUAUGAUGACCUAUGUCAGAAGAUUCUCUGCAAUUUCUCAGCCUCAUGAUUCCAUCAACCAUGGUAUCUUUCUGUGGAAACUGUCUGAAUUGGGAGUAGGGGCCACCACUGCUGUGAGUCCAGGCCUACUUGGAUGGUUUCGGGAUGUUGUGUUUGUGGUGGUGGGGGAUAAUGGUUGGCCCCAUGAUGUCUUCAAAAAGGGAGUUCCACAGAGUUCAAUUUUAUUCCUUACGUUGUUUCAUAUCUACAUGAAACUGCUGCAUGGGGUCACCUGGAGUUCUUGAGUGUGUUGCCAUCAAUAUGCUGAUGACACACAAGUCUACUUCUCUUCUCAGUCAGCCUAGCCUCAGUAAUGGACUGGAUGAGAGCCAACAAACCCAAGCUCAAUCUAUAUAAGCCUAAGGUGCUAUUGGUGGGAAGUUAAUGCUGAAGAUUCUGAGCUGAUUCAAGAGCAGCCCCACCUAGAACAUACUGCAAUAGUCUAACUGAAAAAGUUGCCAAGGUGCUUCUGUUUCACUUGACCAGGCUGAAUCUAGAAGGCACCACUGCUCUUUAAGCAACACAGAGAAGCAUAUCAACUUGCCAGCAUGUGAUUCUUCCACCAGUAGUGAAUGCAUCAUGCUUCACUGGUGUGUUGUUUGAUGUCCUGGCACAGUCUGUUGCUCACAACAACUUCCUUGUCUCUCUUCUUCCUCAGUCUGAAUAUAAUAAAAUCCUUGUUCUGUUGAAUUCUUGUUGCACCAUUUCCUCGGCUCUCCUUGGGCAAAUGUUGCUGGCUAGGUUUUGCUGCCAUUUGACCUAACUGGCUCUCCGUUUUUCUUCUGUACUUCAUGCAACACCAGAUUCUUCUGAAAAGUCUCAGUCAGAGCCAGACUAGAUGUGAUGCUGUUCACAUCAUUUCAGCCUUGCGUGUACGCCCCCCCCCCCUUACAGAGACACACUCCAGAGAGAUUACGUGUGUGUGGACCCAGAUUAGCACUGUGCAAGACAGGUGGGGGCUGUUAUUUGCUAUGGGAAGAAAGCACCCAUUGCUGAUUGAAAACACAAUCCUUUCUGCUCUUUGCAAAUAGUGGGAUGGGGGGGAGGAGAUUAUUCACACUGGGCAUGCAGCAGAGGCAAAGGAUUAAAGCCGCACACCCUGCGCACCACAGUCCUGAUCCAGCUCUGGCCCACACCCUUCAAACUAUAACUAUACAAGACCAAACAACAUCAACAACACCACGUCUAGAUUGGACUGUGUUCUGGCUAAUUUGACUGUGGGCUGAUUCGCCUGCACAAAUUGUUACAUUUAUGUACAGUGGUACCUCGGGUUAAGUACUUAAUUCGUUCCGGAGGUCCGUUCUUAACCUGAAACUGUUCUUAACCUGAAGCACCACUUUAGCUAAUGGGGCUUCCUGCUGCUGCUGCUGCUGCCGCACCGCCGGAGCACGAUUUCUGUUCUCAUCCUGAAGCAAAGUUCUUAACCUGAAGCACUAUUUCUGGGUUAGCGGAGUCUGUAACCUGAAGCGUAUGUAACCUGAAGCAUCUGUAACCCGAGGUACCACUGUACAUGCCACAAAGAAAUGCUUUGCCGUCAUACUCAUGAUUUGCAGGGAAGACACAACCCUCCACACACUUGGACACGCAGUGGACAAGAGGUAAGGAGAGCCAUGCCUAGCCACUUCUGGCACAUGUCCACUCAGUGGUUCAGAUAUGCAGAUUUCCUUCUGACCUUAUGGUACUCACUGUACCGUGAGCAUUGGUUUCUAGAGCAAUAGCCAUCGUUGCAGAAGUGGAAUCAACUCUGAUGCUCCCGGACAGUGUUGAAUCUUCUCAUAAUUUAGUGCUUUUCCUUAAUGAACAACUUGAAAAGAAGUUGUUACUAAGCGCAGCAGUGGCAACACCUCCUUCUGUUUCAUCAAGCCAGCAUAUUUCCUGGAGCACAUCACCCCAUUAAUAUUUUUAUAUAUCCAUCCAUCACUGCCCACUAUUUUUUUUAUAAAAAAAUGUAAAUAUAACAAAGAGGAAACAAAAUGCAAACAUUGCCAACUAACAUCAACAAUACAAAUAUCCUAACCAUCCUCAUUUCAUGAUAUUCAGCAGGAUUCAUUCACAUAAACAGCCCUGUGGAAACCCUGUGCAAGGACUUCUGUUUGUGAAAUGGGGCUUUUCUCCCCUGCAAUACCCCCCCCCAAAAAAAAAUGCUUGGGGGGUGAUCAGGAGAAGCACAGGGAAAUAAGUCCACCUUGCAAACAGAAUAUUUGUAAUGGUGUGAUGCUGAAUUCUACCUGUAGAUUUUAGGCUGUAUAUGUCCACAUAGGUUAAAGAAAUUACUUAUAAUAAGCAAUUUUUUAAAAAUUCUUGGAAAUUUGAGUCUACGUGCCUCACUGAAUGUUAUGUCUUCAGAGACGUGUUCCUUUCCCCCUUAUUUGUGAAAACAUUUGAAUGAAGGGACAGCAUCCUACAGAACUAAUGAUCUCAGGGACUCUGAAUAUCUGGAAAACUGGAUAAUUGGAUGAUGGGACUCUGGAUUAUUUAGCAUCUGCCAAGAAAUUAGACUAACAUUGCCUGCUUUGAAUGGCUGUCUCAAACGUGCUGGGGGGAAAUUGGCAAAAAAAUAAGAGAUGCUUUCAAACCCAAGGGCUCUUAAAGCAUGAGGAGGCCCUCCCAGUGCAGACCCGACCUCCUCGGUUGGUCCAGAAGGCAAACCACCAGAUUCCCAGACCCCUCUUCUGAUUAAUGCAAAGCAUAAGUGGUUGGUGCUGGAAAUAAGUGUGGAUAUUUCUCCAGUUGAGCAGUCCUUAGGAUUUCCAAAGACUCUUAUCCUGACCUUCCUCCCUGCUUCUUUUGAAUCUAUCCUCUUCCAGGAGUCAAAUAGAUUACAAUAGAAAGCACUUCCAGGCAGCAGUCUGCUAACUUGCUAAAAACUGCUGAGGGUGGAGAAGGUGGUUCUUUUAGGGAGGCUUGCUAUGAUGCUGAACCUUUGCUGUUGAAGUGGCUCUGAGCCUUCCUUUCUCCAGAGGUUUGGCAGAGCCUGCAUCUGACUGUCGCUUGCUUUGUGAUAUUCCUAGCUGUCUGGAUCCACAUCCUGUUCCCCCUGGAUUUUCUGCUGUCUGCAAAAGAAUGAUCAUGUUCAGUUUGCCUCAUGACUCGAGCCAGCAGACAGGCUGUCCACGCAGUUGCUGCCUGCCUCCAUAUAUCACAUGCUUGCUUGUGAUGUAUGGAGACUGCUUAUAUACGAUAAGCGAUUCCCCACCCUGCUCCUCUGAGUGUCUUCAGGAAGACACAGAAGUGAGUGAUAGGGAAAGUGUUGUGUAAUUGGUGGUUUAUGGUUGUCUUUUGGCAGGAAAUAUACUGAAAGGCUUUAUUAUUUUUGGAAGUUAACUCCCCUGACUCUUCAAACACAAGAGGCUUUGCAGAUUCACAGCACAAUAGCUCAGUUGGCAGAACAGGAGACUCUUAAUCUCAAGGUUAUGGGUUUGAGCCCCACGUUGGGCAAAAGAUUCCUGCAUUGCAGAGGGUUGGACUAGAUGACCCUCGUGUCCCUUUAUACUCUAUGAGUGUAUGAACAUCUGAUAGAUCUUGCCUCCCCCUUAGGUUCCCAGGGAGAUCCCCAAGUCAUACUUUUGGGUCUAGGACAGAGGAAGACAAGCCUCUGUGUCUCCAGCUUCCAGCAUCAGCAAAAACCUGUCUCCCACACAGUCCCCCUUUGACCUAAUAUUUUCCAUCCAACCAGGUGAGGUGGGAAAAGAAACUGGUCUUCCUGGUUCCGCAGCCCCUUCUACUAGAUGCUAAGUUUCCCUUGAUACAAAAUCGCAGCCCUGGAAGGGACCCACGGAUAUCCUACAGAUUGACACACCUCCCUGCAACCCUAUAACAAAAUGAAAUAGUUUUAAUAUCACAAAUUUGGUGCUGUCCAAAAAUUUUGAAGGAAUCUAGCUCCACACCUGCAACCGCUAACAAGCCUCUGAGCAUUCUAUAUCUCCACAUCUAAGCUGAACCAAUGACACAUCCUGUGCUUCUUGUUUAUUUCUAGGUACCUUCUUGAACAAGAUUUCCCUGGGAUGAGGAUUGGGCCAGAACCUACAACUGACUCCUUCAUUGCUGUGAUGCAGGGCGAUACGGAGGGCAUCAUUCCUGGAAAUGCAUUGGUAGUGGAUCCCAAAAAGCCCUUCAGGAAACUUAAUGCCUUUGGCAAUGCCUUCUUGAACAGGUUAGUAUGAUAUCAAGAUGCUUUGCAAUGCUACUGCCAUGACAGAAAGAUAUUGGGCUUGAAUUGGAUCAAAUUUGGGUGUUGUGGAUAAAAAUCUGUACCCGGCGACCCCAGUCUCUGAAGUAACCUGUAAUCUAUCUACUUCUAAGUAUACUUCAGAAAUCCUCUUCCAAAUUUCUUGCUGGAUUUAAUACCUAACCCUGUCUUCAGUGUGGAGCCAAUAUAGCAGGAGUUUCCCACUAGUCAGUUGUUUGAUUUUCAAAGUUUAUAUAACAGUCUGCUCUUUGCUGCAGCUUACUGUUCAUUUGCCUCUGAGCUCGUAUGCAUUAUUAAAUACGGCAGCAACCAAAAAACAAAACAAAACAGCAUUGAUGUCACUGUGUGCGCUAUUGGUAAAAUGCCGCACAAGUCUCAUAAUGCAAUUGCUGCAUCAGAAUUGCUAUCUUGCUGUGUUUUUGUCAAUGGAGAUUGAAAUGGGAGCAGGAAAAGAAAAAACAGAGAGGGGGCUGAAAGCUGCAACAAACUGUGUGAUUUGGUUCUGGAGAUUAAUUUAAAACUCUUUGUAGUUAAAGAAUUCUGAAGGAGUGAGGCACAGGCCAAAGUGAAUGAGAGAAACGACAAUAACAGAGUAGCGGGAAUUCUUAUUGUCACUAUUUAGCCUGGCCCUCCAGUACAAGAAAAAAAUAGCCAACUACAAGCCAUGCACAUGGAAUGUGGUUCUGUCUAUGCAAUGCAGACUACAGAGGACAAUUUGCUGAGCUUGUAGCUUUGAAAAGAUGGUUGUAAGAGAGAGUAGCCACUUGUUUUGAGGGGAGGCAAAACCCAACAAGAAGCACCUCCUGGGUCAAAAUAUCCCCUAACAGCUAUAAAAUGUAUCAGUAGUAAGGUUAAGGCUUAUUGGAAAAUGAUAUACAAUGAAAUGAAAAGGAUGUUUAAAAUAACAUUUGUAAAAAAAAAAAAAACCACAGAAGCCUUUCUCUUGGGAAUUUUAGGGAUAGAUACCUAAAUUGUAUAGAAAUUUAUUCAUGUAUGCAACUACAGCGGCAAGAUUGUAACUUGCCUCAAAAUGGAAAGAAGAAGUCCCAGCAAAGGAAGAAUGGAUACAAAAACUUAUGGAAUAUGCAGAAAUGGCAAAACUUACUGGAAGAAUAAGAAAUCAAGAUAACAAACUGUAAUGAGUAUGGGUUGCUCGUGCGUAAGUUGCCGCCUCUCCUGGCUAUGUUGCAUUGUUUAAACCUUUCUGUCUGGACAGCCCUUCACUUCGUGGCUGCCUCAGUCACUAGCAGAAUCCGUCAGUGGGCGUUUCUUAAACCUUUUCCAACAUAAAAGUUGUUUGACGCCAAGUCUCCUCCUACUCUCCCUGCGCGGAAGCCUUCUGCGCAGGGAGGGCGUGGGUAGCAGAGGACCCGGGCUCUCCCCGCUGGUGUCCGGUGAAGAGUCCUGGAGCCCUCUCGCCGAUUCCCCCAUCUGCCCCCCUUUAUCUCUGGUGUUGCGCUUAUUUGCUUCCCCAUCUGCUGAGCUGCCUCUCUCCCUGCUGGGCCCUUCUCCAGCAUCAUUUGAGAGCCUCCCCUCCGCCUCUAGCUCCGAUGUCAGUUCCCUGACACAAACUUUUUAUAAAAGAAUGGAAAUGGUCUAUUUAAUAUUUACAGAUAAAUUGUAAACAGAUAAAAACAAUGGCAGGAUUAUUGUAAUAACCUGCAGCUACAUAAGAGUAUAUAUUUAAAGAAAAUAAAUAAAUGAGUAAGCUAAUUUGGAUAUGCAGAAGAUAUUAAAAAUAAAUUUAAGGAACCACAGAAAGAGGGGGAAGGAAGUCAAGUUUUAAAAUGUUAAAAUGAUUAUAAAAUCAGUGAAAUGUAUAAAUCUGCAAAGUAUAAAUAAAAGUUUAAAAAACAAAAAGUAAAAUGUAUAAGUAUAAAUCUUGCUCCUGAAAUGGAGCAGGCCAGCACUAAUUUGUUUUACCAUCUAUCCCCACAUAGGUUAUAGCGAGUGAUUGUCCUGUUUGGAGUGGAAAUAUUGAUGUUAAGAGAUAUGACUAACUUAGGUGCAUUUAUUUCAGUAGUUCUGAAAAGAACUUAGACAAAGCGUACUUUUUUUGUGGGAAAUGAACAUAAACAAAGGAGGUCAUAGCUGGGCAUUGCGAUCUGCUGGGAGCAAUGCGAGAUACCGUGCUCUAGGGCAGGGAACGUGGCUAAUAGCCGUGGUGGUCAUGUUCUGCCUCCACCGUGGAGCCUCUGGAGCUCACAAGUGGAGAAAGUGCUGCUGCAUUGAGGUCCUGCUUCCGGGCUUCCCAUAGGCAUCUGGUUGGCCACUGUGAGAAUGGGAUGCUGGCCCAGAUGGGUCUUGGCCUGAUCCAGCAAGACUCUUCUUAUGUUUGCUGCCAGGGUCUCCACCUCUUUGUAACCGAAACAUCUUUUUAAAAAGCGGAGAGGCAACAAACUGAGAUUGGAAACUGUGGCCCUAAGCGCCCGGGCUAGUAGACACAGCUUUCUGGUGGGGAGCAUGGGAAUCGAACGGAGAGGCAGACCUACCGUACUUUUCCAUGUAUAAGACACCCCCAUGAAUAAGGCACCCUCUAUUUUGGGGGACUCAAAUUUAAGAAAAUGGGGGGGAGAUUACCCAGAGUUUUUGAGCUUUCUUUGGGGGGGUUGCCAAAAAAUUGCACACCCCGCAUGUGACACAAAUUUCACCUAUUGUCUCCUCGCCGGCAGAAGCUGCUAAUCGCCCGCCCAGUUGCCGCAGCGUCAGCCAAUCAGUGCCAACCAGUGACGCAGCAACCAAUUACAUGCCCAACAGCCGCUGACAGCCACGGCAGCAACCAAUCAAACAUCCACCCUAUGCACUAUCCAUGUAUAAGACGACCCCAACUUUUUAGCAUAAUUUUUACAGGAAAAAAACAAGUCUUAUACAGAGAAAAGUACGCUAAUUAGAAUUCUGUGCUAUCUGGAUGCUGGUCUACAUGGUCCUUUGGUUCUUCUUAUCGUCAAAGUCAACAAAUGACCAUGCUGCAAUGAAGCUGGUAUUCUGCAAAGUUUCUGCCACUCACCCAGUUCGUCCUGCUCUUUGCUGGGGAAAUGGGUUAAACUGUACAAUGUGAGUCAUGACUUGAAUAUUCUAGAGAUAUGCAUUACUCUAGUGGUUUAGGAAGAAGGAAGAACCUUUGGCAGACAGUGGAUUCUGGAUGAUUUAACGAGUUCCCUCCCCCUCCCACCCAGUUCUUUAAGAUGUAUGGUAUGCGGAACAAGCAGCCAGAUUAGAAAUGGCUAAAAUGUUUUUCCUGUUCCCUAGAAAUCUAUGCGCGUUGUUCUUGAAAGUUCAUGUUCCUUCUUGCCUGACAGAGUGGAACCGAAUGGAAGAACAAAAGCCUUUGGAUGCAGGCAGCAGCUGUAGCUGUAACUGGUGCUAUGCUGUUUUUAUUGUAAUUAUUUAUAUGGUUUGUAAUAGAUCAUACACACAAACACACACACAUAUAUAUAGUUUUAAUUCUAUCAAUGCUUACUUGUUUUCUAAUGAUUGUUUCUCCCCCCCCCCCCGCAAAGUUUCUAGCAGUUCUUAUUUUUGGCCUUAGUCUCGUCAUGGGGAGAGGGUAGGGUACAAAUAAAUAUAUCAUAAUCAUAAUAAUAACUCGCCCUCCUCCUAUCUCACCAGAGAUUGUGGGACUUGCACCUCUCCUUCAUCCAUAAUCACUGAGCACAGUGACUGGGGCUGCUGCGAGUUGUAGUCCAAUAGCAGCUGGAGGGCACCCAGUUAAGGAUGGAAACUGGCAACAUGCUCCUUCAGACAUGCAUUGGCACUCUUUCCUUUCCCCGUGACUCAGCCGCUCUCACAUCUGUUCUACCUUCUGAAUGUACAGUAGCCUCCGCGGGUUCCUGUUUCUGUUUACCCAUUUGUGAAGAUGAUUGAAGUAAGCCCGCUGCAGAUCAAGGGAUAAGAAGAGUUUCGAUUUGAUAUCCCACUUUAUCACUACCCAAAGAAGUCUCAAAGCAGCUAACAUUCUCCUUUCCCUUCCUCCCCCACAACAAACACUCUGUGAGGUGAGUGGGGCUGAGAGACUUCAAAGAAGUGUGACUGGCCCAAGGUCCCCCAGCAGCUGCAUGUGGAGGAGCGGAGACACGAACCCGGUUCACCAGAUUACGGGUCUACUUCUCUUAACCACUACACCACACUCUUAACCACUACACCACACUGAUAAAAGGUAAAGGUAAAGGACCCCUGGAUGGUUAAGUCCAGUCAAAGGCGACUAUUGGGGUUGCGGCGCUCAUCUCACUUCAGGCCGAGGGAGCAGGCAUUUGUCCACAGACAGCUUUCCGGGUCAUGUGGCCAGCAUGAAUAAACCACUACUGACGCACGGAGAACCGUGACGGAAACCAGAGUGCACGGAAAUGCCAUUUACCUUCCCAUCACAGCGGUACCGAUCUAUCUAUUUGCACUGGCAUGCUUUCGAACUGCUAGGUUGGCAGGAGCUGGGAAAGAGCAACGUGAGCUCACUCCGUCACGGGGAUUCGAACCUCCGACCUUCCGAUUGGCAAGCCCAAGACACUCAGUGGUUUAGACCACAGCGCCACCCACGUCCCUCGAUCAAAGGAUAGUGUUAUGCUUCAGUGUUGAAAUUUUAGUACUGUUUUCUGCUGAUUCGUCAGUAAUGAAUAGAUCGGGGUGGUGCAUAUAAUUGUGAUAGAAUGAAGGUAGGCGAUGAACAGGACUGCAUGCCACUUGAUGUGGGAAGAUGGGUUUUGAAAGAAGAUGCUUUGUUUGUUCAUGCAAAGAGAUUUAUGUUUAAUAUGAUUCAAAUAGCUAGAGUGGAGAACUUGAAUACCUCACCAAGGAUUGCGCUGGAAAUACACAUAUGUGCUUGAAACACAAUGUAAAUUAUACUAGUCACUCCUACUAUUUAUAUCUUUUAAUGUAGCAGUAUGUGCAUAUGAAGCUUCAUAUCCCAAACACUUACCAGAUUCUUAUUCCAGAAAUCCUACCUUUUUUUUCUCUAGCUCUGGUUGUUGUUUUUUAAUCAUCAUACUAAAUUUUAAAAUCUUGAUAUAUUUUCAUAUUGUGGUAACCUGCUAAAGAAUCUUCAUUAUCUUUUUCUCUGCACAUUAAAUAAUGGGAACUCGUGCUUAGCAUUCUAUAAUCUGGGUGGCAUAGACUGAUCUCUUUUUCUGACUGUCAGCUUUGACAGCUCCUGCCUGGAUGCAGGGGCCUGGACCAGUGGACCCUCUUCUGCCCUUGUAUUUGCACAUAAAUCUGAAGACUGACAUGCAACAUUUUGCAUGAAUAAGCAUUCUAUUCCUGCUGAAGACGUUUCAUACUUCAAAAAUGUAGGGUUGUGAAUAAAGAGCUGAUCCCCAAUGAGCAAGCGCUUGGUUUUGUCUGGAUUUUGACAGGCAUCUUAUAUAAAAUGUCCAGCUUCCAAAAAAUAUUUGGCAGGUAGACACUCGUUUUUUAUUUAUUUACCGUAUGUGUGUGUUUAUAUGCCAUGAAAUGCCAAAGUAGGCAUCUAAGCAGUCAUCGUUAAAAUUCACAUUGUUAAAAUCUGUUAUCUUCCCCACUCCACCCAAAUAUUGUACUUGCUGUAACGUUUUAUUGUGUUUUUCCCUUCCCUUCACCUCUCUCCGUAGAUUUAUGUGUGCUCAGCUGCCAAAUCCUGUUUUGGAGAGUAUCAGUAUUAUUGAUACACCAGGGAUCCUUUCAGGGGAGAAACAAAGAAUAAGCCGAGGUAAGGUAAAGGUGCAGCUUCUUAUUUUGGAGGGGGCGGAUUAACAUAGGUGCAGUUCUUUUGGUUUCAGCUUAUGACUUGUUUCAAAAUGCACAAGUCAAGAUGGCGGCCUCACAAUACUGUUCAUUUGAUCAUUGAUGUGGAAUGUUCUAGAAAGCUUUAAAACAGAUCUCAGAGGGGAAAUCGGGACAGACUUUCUGCAUCUCCUAGGUAAAAUUUACUGCACCACUGCAGCAGAAGGGAAUAGCUCAUGUUUUGAAUGCUUUCCGCAAUAUGAAAAAUCCUCAACACAGAGAAGAGUCAUGCACUGUUGAGGGGAAAGAGUCUUAACCUCACUUGGGGUAGACAAUGUGGUGCUCUUAGACGUUGCUGGACUACAACUUCCAUCAUCCUUGACCACUGGCCAAGCUAGAUGGGGAUGAUGGGAGUUGUAGUCCAACAACACCUGGAACCUUAUACUUCAUUUCUGUGUGUAGGCAUGUUUUUCAAAAUGGGAGAUCAUUCAAACUUGAGAUGCUUCCCCCUCAGGCCCAGUAGUUUGGAACCUGCACCAAUUAACUUCUAUGAAUGUGUCCAUUGUAAGUUACAAGCUUAAAGUAAAUGUGUGUAAUUAUUAUAUUAUUUGAUUUAUAUCAUUUUCUUCUUUCAGUUCUCCUGAGUUUGUUUGCCAUGUUAAAAAAAUAACCAGAAAUACAAUAUUUUCUAAAAAUUUCUGCACAAAUAUUCCCUCAACUAGAAAUCAGUGUUUAUCAGGAUUAGAUGACUCUUGUGGUCCCUUCCAACUCUACAGUUCUAUGAGUCUAGGAAAUAGCUGUUGUCCUUUUGGGACACAAGGCCUGUUCGUUUAGGCCAUUAUUCCUUCAAGCAUCCUCUAGAUGGGCUGUUUGUUAUCCAGAUUUCCAUUGUCCAGGUUUCUUCAUUUAACAAGUGUCUGAUUUCAUUUUCCUCCAGCCAAAGAAAUGGGUUAUAGCAGUCUGCACAGAUGCCCAUAUGGAGGUAUUUACAUCAGAGCAGCCACCUGCUUUCUAUAGCCUUGGCUAUUUUGUUCAUAAAGCUAAAUGCUUUGAAAAGAGCAAUGAGCUAUUCAGGCAUGUAGCAAACUAAUCCUCACCAUAUGCACUGCAUUGGGGGUCUUUUAAACAGGGUUGCUGUUACUAAAUAUUUGGGAUUGUGGGUUUGGCUUCAGUCUAAUCAAAGAAAACGUAGGAUUGAUCUAGAAGGUAAAAUCACCAAAUGGUCCAGGCCUAACUAAAAUGGUUGAAUUCUUCAACUUCAUUGGCCCCACAACACCCUGUGAUUGUUUAAUAACAAUUCAAGUGUGCUUAAUUACACAUUUAGAUUGCUCUUGAGAAUUUUGGCCUGCUGAGAUACUUUCCUUAAUUGGAUCUGAAAACUUGAUUGUGCAUUAAACGAAAGCAGAGACUUUAGUCACAAGACUUGGUUGAAGUAGAGAGUCAGUGUGGCUUAGUGGAUAGAGUAUUGGACUAGAACCUGGGAGACCAGAGUUCAAAUCCCUACACAGCCUUGAAGCUGACUGGGUGACCUUGGGGCCAGUCACCGUCUCUUAGUUUAACUUAUCUCACGGGAUUGUUGUGAGGAUAAAAUGGGGAGGGGGGACCAUGUAUGCCACCAUGAGCUCCUUUGAGGGAAGGUGGGAUAUAAAUUUAAUGAUGAAAUCAAAUAAAGACUUUUCACCAAAUUUAGCUUCUGAUAUUGAGUGGCUUACAUAACAGAGGCAACGCUAGCAUGUGCAGAUUAAGGCUUCCUGGUAUGUUCACAGGAAGUGAGGGGAAAUGGUCAGGCCAUCUGGCCUAGUGUAAGCUAGGCAACUGUCGCCACAGCUGUGCCACACUCCUAGAUAAAGCCAUAAUUUUAACAGCAGCAACUCACUUGCAGCUUCUUACUAUCACAGCACUGGAGAGCUUGUUUCUAACUGCUAAUUUAAAACGUGAUGCUAGGACCUUUAAAAUGUAGCCUUGGGCUAUGGUCACAUCCACAGUAUAUGUUUAAAGUGUGUAGCUCCCCCCCCCCCAAAGAAUUCUAGGAACAAUAGUUUGUUAAGGGGGCUUAAAGAAGAGAAAUUAUCCCGUUCAGCCUAGCUGCCAAAAUAGAAGUGUAGAGCCUCUGGUCUUGGCUAAGACCCUGGGAUAGCUCAGCCAGUAGAGCAUGAGACUCUUAAUCUCAGGGUUAUGGGUUCGAGCCCCAUGUUAGGCAAAAGACUGCUGCAUUGCACAGGGUUGGACUAGAUGACCCCCAACUCUACAAUUCUAUGAUCUAAGUAAAGUGAUGGACCAGUUGGAGCCCACCAUUUGCCUAUCUUUCCCCAGGUGUUGGAAUAACUAUGAUUCUAGCUGUAAACCAUGUUACCAGAUCUCCACCACCUUGCAAGAUUAUAUUAAAUAACUGAAUGUGGCCCCCAGAGAGCUGCUCAGAAAGGAAUGUGGCCCUCAGACUGCAGAAGGUUCCCCUGCCAUACGGCCUUGUCUCUGUUCUUAUGGGGAUGUCUUCUUUUCCCAAAAGGUUAUGACUUUGCUGCUGUCCUUGAGUGGUUUGCCGAGCGGGUGGACCGCAUCAUUCUCCUCUUUGACGCCCACAAGCUAGACAUCUCGGACGAGUUCUCGGAAGUCAUCAAAGCCCUGAAGAACCAUGAAGAUAAAAUGAGGGUCGUGCUCAACAAAGCAGACCAGAUCGAGACCCAACAGCUUAUGAGGGUUUAUGGCGCUCUCAUGUGGUCUCUGGGGAAGAUUGUCAACACGCCUGAGGUAGUUAGAGUCUAUAUCGGUUCCUUCUGGUCACACCAGUUGCUCAUCCCAGAUAACCGCAAGCUUUUUGAGGCAGAGGAGCAAGAUCUCUUCAAAGAUAUCCAAAGUUUGCCCCGCAAUGCUGCUCUUCGGAAACUGAAUGAUCUCAUUAAACGGGCACGGCUAGCCAAGGUGAGUCUCUCCAAGUGGCUCUGCCCAGGCUUUACUUUUUGAUUUCUUUUAUUAUUAUUAUUUUAAAACAUCUUUACUGAAAGUUCAAAAAGUACAUAGCUAUAUGUGCACCAGACAUGGUGAGACGCAAACAAAAAAGAGAAAAUGAAAAAGAGAAACAGAACCCAUGCAGAAGGGAAAACAAAGGGGGGAGGGGGGAACCCAAAACUGUAUAUUUUACAAGGUUGUUGUUGUACUUCACCAGAUCUUAACCUAUUACAGUACUGUAUUGUAAGAAUGGAUUCCAAAUAUCAUUGAAUUUGUCCAUGGCAAGUCUGCGGUUAUAUGUGAGUUGUUUAUAUGCUGUGAGUUUAUAUGUCUUCAAUCCAAUUGUAGAAGGGAGCCGCAUUUUUAUUUUCCCAAUUCAUCAGUAUGUGUCUUUUUGCUGUGGUAAGGACACGGAGAGUCCACUCAUAUUGUCCUUUUGUAAGGUUCCAUAUGCUGGGUAUAUAAUUCAAGAGGAUAUUUUGCUCUGUAAAUGUAAGGCUGUUCCAUACAGUUCUGUUGAUGGUUUCAGUUACCUUCUGCCAAAAAUCUUUCAAUAUAGGACAGUGAAAAAACAUAUGUUUCAGAGAAGCAUUGUCCCUAUUGUAUCUCCAACAGUUAGAUACCUUAGAUAGCCCUUUUUUAAACAAACGUUAUUGGGUCCAGCAUAUUCUAAAUAUUAUUUUUUGUUGUAUGAGCCUCAGUCUAAGAUCCAGAGACUUGUUAUAGCAGUUAAAACAGUUUCCCACCUAUGUGGUCAAAAUUGAGAUUGUAAUUCUUUUUGAUUUCUUGAGGUAGUUUGGUAUUUGGACGCAGAAGGAAGUUUUCUGUAGGGAGGCUGGCAGUAAGUUCAUCCCCGUCAUGGAGGAAUUAGCAAGGAAGAAAUCAGUCCCAAAACUGCACAGAAAUCGAAAUCUAUAAAUCCUCUGCAUGCCAUUAUUGCGCAAGUGUGGAUGACAAAAUAUGCCCAUAGGGUGGAUUUAUAGUGGAGCUAGAUCCCGGGCGUAACUAGAUUAGGUCAGUUCAAAGCAUGGCAUGAGAUGCACAAGCAAUGCAGGCACAAUGGCCACUUAAUACCCUGGGGGGAAAAGAACCACUGUUCAUAGUCAUUGGUCUUCCCUUGUAGCAAUAGUAAUAAUACUGUUGUAGUAGUACCCAAUGAAAAGUGAAUAAAGAUCAGACUGGGAUCCUAUGCAAAAUUCUAGAUUUGAAAGUGAGAAAUCUCAGGGGCCUCAAUUUUAUCCUCGAGGGCAGUUUAUCCCUGUCUGAGCCACAGAGAAGUACCGCAAACAGAGGCAGGAUGUUGGGUGAUCCUACAAAAUUGCCAUGGGGAUCUUACAUGGGGUGGGUUUUCUUCACGUUCAGAAUCUGAGAAAGUGUGACUGACAGACCCAAUGCAUUUCCACAGCAGAAUGGAGGUUUGAAUCCACACCACCACAUCUAUCUCCAACAGUAUCAACAAUUUCAUGGCAGCUCUCACAAUGGUUGGUUGGCUAGUUGGUCAUUGUUGAUUGUUGAUACAUACUUGAUGGGCACAUCACAGCCUCUCAGCCCAAACAACCCUCAGAGUCAUAGUGAGAAUGAAUGAGGCAGAAAAACUAUAAAGCAAUUUGUAACUAUGAAAUGCUGUAGGAAAGGAAAAAGAAGGGAGAAAAAAUGAGAAUGAAGCGCAGAUGAUCCGUUGGGAGGGUACGUUAUGUUAGCUGUGUUCUGGUGAUCCCAUUGUUGCAAAUGCAUAAAAUAUGUAUCCACCCUCUGAAAUGCCCUUAGGUUCAUGCGUACAUCAUUAGCUCACUUAAGAAGGAAAUGCCAUCGGUGUUUGGCAAAGACAAUAAGAAGAAAGAACUCGUGAACAAUUUGAGGGAGAUCUAUGGACGGAUCGUACAGGAGCAUCAGAUUUCACCAGGAGACUUUCCUAAUCUGAAGAAGAUGCAGGUGAGGGCCAGAAACAAUAAUCCAAGAAUCAUGGCAGAAUCUGCUCCAUUUCAAUUGCACAGAAUAGGUUUGGAGCAAAGAUGAACACUGCUGCUGCGUCUGUUGCAGAGGCAUACCUAGGGUCCCUUGCACCCUUGGAAAGGAGCUGUAUUGGCACAUGUACACACAUACACACACACCCCAAAAAAUCACCUUUGAGCCACAGUGCAAGAAGGGCUGGAAGCUACUUUCAUGUUUGAGCUUGCCACGAUCACAGUGGCGCAUCGCCACACAGAGAUAUGUCAUACACUCCGUAGUUUGAUAGGUGAUUUUGGUGUGCCCCCAUCGGAGGCUGGUUUCACCAACCUCUGCUCUGUUGGGACAUUUUGGUUCAAAAGGAAUGUUUUAACCUGAAAGACAACCUAGUUUUUCGUUUAGAAUAUUAUUGUGAGGGGGAAAAGCCGCUGUGCUUCUAAAAGCCAGAAUGACAGACAUCUUAGUCUGUCGUAGUCAAAACAUAAGUGCCCCAUGGCACCCAAAAGACAGCACACACAAUGCAGGAUAAGCUUUCGCUGGCCAAAUCUCACUUUGUCAGAUGCAUGAGGUGGUCUUCUAAGUAGGCAGAUUUAUAUAGUGUGAGGCUAACAAUAGCAAUAGGCUUGGUUUAGCUUAUUACUUUUCCUCCACUUUCCCACAAAGUUAUUCACAGUGGCUUACAGAAUAGACGAUUGCAAACACUGAAGCAAUAUAAAAAUAGAAAUGAGCACAGAUCUAUAAAUAGCGAUCGGCAAACAAAAUUGAAAGGAUCACGACGUUAGAAUCAAAAGCUGUAAAAAGCCAGGGUCGGUAGCAUUUUAAAACACACACCAUACGGCUGACUGAAAUAUAAAAGUAUUCAAUAAGCAGCUGAUAGCAAAUGAAGAGGGGAUCUGUCUGGAUUGUUGUAGCCACUCCUCUUAUGUUGAAUGGUACACUGAACAAUAAAACAGUCCUCACCGCCGCCCCCCCUUUCUGUUUGUGACGUUCUUUUCAGGAACAGCUUGAAGCUCAGGAUUUCAGCAAGUUCCAGCCCCUAAAGACCAAGUUGCUGGAUGCAGUAGAGGAUAUGCUGACCAAUGACAUCGCUCAGCUCAUGGUCCUGGUGCGUCAGGAGGAGUCCCGGAGGCCUGCUCAGAUGGUGAAAGGGGGAGCCUUUGAAGGCACCCUCCACGGCCCAUUUGGACAUGGCUAUGGGGAAGGGGCAGGAGAAGGAAUUGAUGACGCCGAUUGGGUGGUGGCCAAAGAUAAGCCCCUGUACGACGAGAUCUUCUACACGCUAUCGCCCGUUGAUGGGAAAAUAACCGGGGCCAAUGCCAAAAGGGAGAUGGUGAAGUCCAAGCUGCCUAACUCAGUGCUGGGCAAGAUAUGGAAACUCUCUGAUAUCGAUGAGGAUGGGAUGCUGGACGAUGAGGAAUUUGCUUUGGCGAAUCAUCUUAUAAAAGUGAAGCUGGAAGGUCAUGAGCUUCCUGGGAACCUCCCAUCCCAUCUCAUCCCCCCAUCUAAGAGGAAACUAGCUGGGUGAGAAGCCACCAGAAAGAAAAUGGGGAACGGGGAAGGGAAGGGAAGGGAAUGUACCAAAGUUGUGCCUGCAGUGAUGCUAGGUCACCUUUUGGCUUAGAACUGUUUUCAGAUGUGAAGAGGAAACUGAUGUGAAGCAAAGCCCCAGUACUUUCUCAUGAUGAGAUGCAACUAGCUCUGUCCUGGUAUCUUCCAGGCUUCCAUGUAUUUGUUGAUAAGAACUGAUACAGAUUGAAGGUGCAAAGUUGGCUGGGAUCUGGAAAGCUUUGUGAUAGUUUCUGUCACUGUUCAGUCAAGCAAUGUCUGAAAUUCCUGUUGCAUAUAUCCCUGAUGCUUUAGAAAAGCAUUCUAAUCCCUGAUAGACCCCAAAACUCUGGGUGGGAGUUGUGCUUAAAACAUACCUAGUAUUUUUGUGAAAUAGUCUUUACUUUCUGUUCAGCCUUCCUGUCUGUUGUGCCUUUUAAAAAAAAAAUUAUUGAGUACAGGAAGCCUACAAUUUACAAGGGGGUUUCUUUCUGGAAAGCCAAAAGCAUGUAUAGUCAAGACACAGUGGGUUCAAUGGCAAGUGGAAUUGCCAAAGCCACACACACACACAUCCCCGAUACCUGCCCCCUUUCUAUGCCCUUUUUAAUUUUUUGUUUUGUUUUGUUUUGCCAGCUACUUAAAACUGAAUGUGCACAGGUUAAAUGCAUGUAUGUUGUGGGCUUACUGUACACAUUUGUCUGCAGAAUAUCUCUGGAGAAGCAGUCCAAGGGAAAAUCACCCCCCUAGGCACCUGCAUUUUCUUAUAGGUUCUUGGUGAGAAACCUGCACUGAAAAUGCCACAUCAUUCCAAUGCUUUGGAAAUGUUAGGUUCGAAUCAAGAGCCUUAAAUCCUUUUCUAGUUAACGGGGUGCCAGUUUGUAAGUCUGUGCCGCUGUACUUCUGUGACUUUAGUCUGAGAACAGCGGUGCAGCUGGGAGAAUGGGGUAGAAAGAGUGAGAGGUUAGGAGUUCAAGUGAGUCCCUUGCAAGGAAAUGAUGGCAAGAUCAGAGGCAGGGGAUCAAGGUUUUUGACAAGGGGAGCAGCUCUUCCUGGCAUUUCCUAUCCCUAAAACGGGACAGUGCAUUUCACAUCUCUUUGAAUUAUGGUCAAGCAUGGUUUUGGACUAAUAUCAUUUAGUGUGUUUACAUUCCAUCACUGAUCUUGAUGUUACAACAGAAAUGACAAGUCUCUACUCUUUCAUUGUCUGUUCAGCCCAUGUAAGACAUCUGUCCCCAGAGCACCCAUUUGCACAUCAGUCAGAGGACAGUGAUCUUGCUGUUGCUUGUGGGCUUCCCAUAGGUAUCUGGUUGGCCACUGUACUGAAUGCUGCAUUGCACAGAGCUUUCAUCUGACCCAGCAGGCCUCUAGGAUAAGUAUUCUGAACCUUGUCCAGACAGAAUAGCCAAGGUAUUUUCUGCUGCUCUUUCUCAGCCUUAUUUCGCAUCAUUCCUCUUUCUCCACCCCAUUAUUUAGUUGGUGUCUGGGUAGAGGUUCGAGUCUAUGUGGGUUUUGUUGAUGCUGAGAAGGUGGAUGAAGACAGAACAAAAUAACUUGUUUUAUACCUGCACUAAUAUUCUAUAGGCAAACAAGAUUCUCUUCAAAGCUCCUGCCUCCCCAAUUGAGAUGAGGUGGGGGCUACUAAGCAGAGGACCUUCUUGCUGGUGCCUUCUCUGUGGUCUUUCCAUUAUCAAGUGAAACUUAUUCACCUGGGACUUUAAACAACUAGCUUUGUAAAGCAACUAAAACCUGGGCUUUGAUUUUGCGGCCUGUGUUUUUAUUUUAUCCAGCUGUUUGUUGAAGGAUUGUAUUUCUCUCUGACAAAAAUGAAAGUUAUUUGCUGCGUUUUAUUGUUUUCAUUGAUUGCAUUGUAUGUCAAUAUUGUAUUUUAGACUUUGUCCUGUAAGCCACCCAGGGGAGAUGUGUUGAUAGUUGGCUAUAUAACUAUAAAAAAAUUAACAAUAAAUAUUCAGUGUGUAAAAACAAGCUUAUUGCAAUGCAUUUAUCAUGACUUAUGUUUAUGCAUUCAUCCUGAUCACAGUCUUAUUCUCCACCUUGGUGAGAUGUACUCUGUAUUUAAAUUGAUAAAUAAAUUUGUAUCUGUGCCCUAUAAA